AUGGAAGCCGCAAUGGUGAGCGUGGAAGGCGGUGGGUGCAACAGCCACCCGCCUUAUGGCUACGCCCAACGGAGGGAGCGUCUGGCCAACUCGCGUGCUGCUGCCGCGGCCGCCGCCGCCGCCGCCGCCGCGGCCGCCGCACACGCUGGGGAGGGGAGGAGGAGCACCGAUCGUCAUGGCAACGCCGCCGCUGGUUCGUUCGGAGCAGCCGGGCUUGGUGGUGGGAGCUCCUCGCGAGCGGAUGCCAGUCGCAGUGCGCGGCGGCAGCAGCAGCAGCAGCAGGACAGCCGGAGCCGGCAUACGCCGGGGGGUCGCCAGGGCAACGGUGGCUCGCGCGCUCUCGGCGAGGAGGAGGAGGCGGGAGAGGAGGAGGAAGAGGAGGAGGAGGAGGAGGAGGAGGAGGGGGUGGGUCGCCAUCUGCAGCGGGCGCGCCGCUCCCGCCGCCUGCACCUCAACAUGGACGGCGACGAAGCGUCGUGCCCCGUCGAGCCGCCUCCGCCGCCGCCGCCAUCCCGCCACGGUUACGGUUCCGUGUACAGCGAGUACGAGUGCUGCGAGAGGGUGGUCAUCAACGUGUCGGGACUGCGCUUCGAGACCCAGACCAAGACCCUGGAGCAGUUCCCCGACACACUGCUGGGCGACCCCGGCAGGAGGAUGUGCUACUUCGACCCGCUGAGGAACGAGUACUUCUUCGACAGGAACCGACCGAGCUUCGAUGCCAUCCUCUACUACUACCAAUCUGGGGGACGCCUCAAGAGGCCAGUCAACGUGCCCUUCGACAUCUUCUCCGAGGAGAUCAAGUUCUACGAGCUGGGCGACGAGGCCAUGCUCAAGUUCCGCGAGGAGGAGGGUUUCGUCAAGGAGGAGGACAAGCCGCUGCCCGAAGACGAGUUCAGGCGCCAAGUCUGGCUGCUCUUCGAGUAUCCCGAGAGUUCCAGCCCGGCGAGGGGCAUCGCCAUCGUGUCGGUGCUGGUCAUCCUCAUCUCCAUCGUCAUCUUCUGCCUGGAGACACUGCCCGAGUUCCGCGACGAGCGGGACUUCUCCCCGGGCUCCAGUGCGGCGGCGGCGGCUAACAGCACCGCCCGGGCCUCGGCGGUGUCCGCCGCCGCCACCACCUUCAGCGACCCCUUCUUCAUCGUGGAGACGGUGUGCAUCGUGUGGUUCUCCUUCGAAUUGUUGGUGCGCUUCUUCGCCUGCCCCAGCAAGCCGGGCUUCUUCAAGAACAUCAUGAACAUGAUCGACAUCGUCUCCAUCCUGCCCUACUUCAUCACCUUGGGCACGGAGCUGGCGCAAGUGCAGGGCAACGGGCAGCAGGCCAUGUCCUUCGCCAUCCUCAGGACCAUCCGCCUGGUCCGGGUGUUCCGCAUCUUCAAGCUGUCCCGCCACUCGAAGGGGCUGCAGAUCCUCGGCCAUACGCUGCGGGCCAGCAUGAGGGAGCUGGGUUUGCUCAUCUUCUUCCUGUUCAUCGGCGUCAUCCUGUUCUCCAGCGCCGUCUACUUCGCCGAGGCCGAUGACCCCAAGUCCCAGUUCAGCAGCAUCCCCGACGCUUUCUGGUGGGCCGUGGUCACCAUGACUACUGUAGGUUACGGGGACAUGAAGCCCAUCACGGUGGGCGGCAAGAUCGUGGGCUCCCUUUGUGCCAUCGCCGGGGUGUUGACCAUCGCACUGCCUGUCCCUGUCAUCGUUUCCAACUUCAACUACUUCUACCACCGGGAGACCGAGAACGAAGACCAGUCUCAGGUGGUCCAGGCUAGCUCCCUCCCUUACCUCCCUUCUAAUUUCCUGAAGAAGUUCCGUAGCUCUUCUUCUUUGGGCAACAAGUCCGAAUAUUUGGAGAUGGAGGAGGGCUUCAAACAAUCUCUGUGCUUGAAGAAGUCGAAAGACAACGGCACAGAGACUGUCAAACUCAAUUCAGUAAGUCUCAAAGCAGUGGAGACAGAUGUUUGAAGCGACAACUCGUGUCCAUUUUCACCAGUGCCAGUUGACACGCCGUGUUCAUUCGCUCGCUGCUUCACCGGUACGCAGAAAUAAAAAAACAACAGUGAUCUAAAAAUAACGGGAGAGUUUCAGCGUUUUAUAAAAUAAAGGAAAACAUCAAAGUAAAAUUGCGAUGGUUGUAUUUUGCAAACGGGCGAUUCUGAAACGGUGGCAGUUCUCUUGAAUGGAAAAGCCUUGCACUGUUAAACACUUUGGAGACAACAACAAAAAAACUUUUUUUGUAGUUUCUGGUGAACCAUGGAUGCCUGCUGCAGCCAGAUUCCAUACGCAGUAUACAAACAAACCUCCAAUUUUUUUUAUGGGAAUGUUGCUCA